AUGGCCUCGACAAUUCCCUCUGCACAGGCUGCCGCUGCCACUGCCUCGCAGCCCAGCUUCACCAAGCUCGAACCCUCGUCAUCAUUUUACGAUCGCAUCACCACCUGGGCCUCGGAGCACAAGGCUGCUGUCUACACCAUCGCCGGUAUCACUCUGGUUGCCACCGGUGCCGGAAUCUACUACUACACAUCCGAAUCUGCUCCUACGCUGCAAGACCUCGAAGCUGCUGCUGAGAAGAAGAAGGCUCGCAAAGAGAACAAGAAGGCCAAGAAGAACGCACAGAGAGAGCAGAAGUCUCCCCCACCAGAGUCAAAGCCCCAGGGUAAGCCACAAGCGGCAAGCGUACAGAGCGAGGACGACUUGCCCCAAGUGACCGAGUCGACCGUUGCAAGCCUUUCGGACGACUCCAAGAAGGACUACGCUGCCAAGCUCAAGGCUGCCGGUAACAAGGCCUAUGGAUCCAAGGACUACAACCGCGCCAUUGAGCUGUACGGCCAGGCUCUGCUGUGCAAGGCCGACCCCGUCUUCUACUCGAACCGUGCCGCAUGCUGGAAUGCCAUGUCCAACUGGGACCGCGUCAUCGAGGACACGACCGCCGCCAUCAACCUCGACCCCGAAUAUGUCAAGGCUCUCAACCGUCGCGCCAACGCCUACGAGGAGACCAACAGAAACAGCGAGGCCCUCCUCGAUUACACUGCCAGCUGCAUCAUCGAUGCUUUCCGUAAUACCGGAGCCGCCGAGUCGGUCGAGCGUCUGCUCAAGAAGGUGGCCGAGGAGAAGGCCAAGGUCAUCAUGGAGAAGAAGCAGCGUCGUCUGCCCAGCUCCACCUUCAUCACAAACUACCUCCAGAGCUUCCGCGAUAGAGAGCUGUCAGACUCCAUCUCUGAGAGCGCCGACCUUCCCGAGAACAGCGGAAAGUGGUGGCUACGCAAGGGUCUGUUGGCAAUGGACAAGAAGACGGGCGAGGGCUACAACGAGGCCGCCGAGGCUUACGAGAAGGCCAUCGAGGCCGGUGACCUGGCAGAGAACGAGGCUUUCGCAUACAACAUGCGCGGUACCUUCAAGUAUCUGCGUGGUGAGGCCGACGCCAUUGAUGACCUGCACAAGAGCAUCGAGUUGGAUCCUACCCUGACCCAAAGUUACGUCAAGCGCGCCAGCAUGCACCUCGAGGCGAACCGUCGCGAAGAGGCCGCAAAAGACUUCGAAGACGCUAUCGCUCAGAACGACAAGGACCCAGACGUUUACUACCACCGCGCACAGCUCAACUUUAUCCUCGGCGACUUCCCCGAGGCAGCUAAGGACUACCAAAAGUCGAUCGACCUCGACUCUAGCUUCAUCUUCUCCCACAUCCAGCUUGGUGUUACCCAGUACAAGAUGGGCAGCGUUGCUUCAUCUAUGGCCACUUUCCGCCGCUGCAUCAAGAACUUUGAGAACGUUCCCGACGUCUACAACUACUAUGGUGAGCUGUUGCUCGACCAGCAAAAAUACCAGGAGGCCGUCGAGAAGUUCGAGACUGCCGUCCAGAAGGAGCAGAGUCAGCGCGUCACUGGCAUGAAUGUCCUGCCCUUGAUCAACAAGGCUCUCGCGCUGUUCCAAUGGAAGCAAGACUUCGCUGGUGCCCAAGAGCUGUGCGAGAAGGCUUUGAUCAUUGACCCCGAGUGCGACAUUGCCGUUGCCACCAUGGCUCAGCUGCUCCUCCAGCAAGGCAAGGUCCCUGAGGCCCUCGAGUACUUCGAGAAGGCUGCCGAGCUCUCACGCACCGAGCCUGAGAUCGUCAACGCUCUUUCAUACGCCGAGGCCACCCGCACACAACUCGAGGUCCAGGAGAAGUAUCCUCAACUCGCCCAGAGGUUGAGCGGUAUGCCUCCUUCGGCUGGCAUGCGAUAA